UGAAGCGUCAGUAUCGCGAUCAGUUGUACGUGAGCACUGCUAAUCAUUGCACCGCUUAAGGUAUUAUUAUUGUGCGCGGAAAUAGAAAGAACAAUUCUAACAAAUUCUUAAAAUGCGAAACUUCAUAUGGUUUUUAGUACUCGGCUUAAUAUUUUGUGUUAAUCAAGUUUCGGCCGGCAAAAAUGAAUGCCCACGUAUUAAAUUGAAACGUCAAUGGGGCGGUAAACCGGCUACAGCGCUAACCUAUCAAAUACCUCCCAUUCGCUAUGUUAUCAUUCAUCAUACAGUUUCCGAUGAGUGCGAUCAGUUCCUGAAAUGUGCGUCAAUUUUACAGAAUACACAAAACUAUCAUAUGAAUGAUUUAAAAUACGAUGACAUCGGUUACAAUUUUCUCAUUGGCAAUGAUGGCGUCGUUUAUGAGGGCACUGGCUGGGGCGUGCGUGGCGCGCACACCUUCGGAUACAAUAUGAAUGGCACAGGCAUUGCUUUUAUCGGCAAUUAUUCAGAGAAACUUCCAUCCCGUUCUGCUUUAAAUGCCGCUAAAAAACUAUUGGCUUGCGGCGUGAAGGAGGGUGAAUUAGAUCGAAAUUAUAUGCUUUUAGCUGCCUCACAAGUUUCCAGCACACAGAGUCCGGGGCUAAUAUUAUAUAAUGAAAUACAAGAGUGGGACCACUGGACCAUAAAUCCUUGAAUGUAGUAAAUUUAAUGGGCACUGAAACUAAAUUUGUAUUGCAAAACAUUGUUGAAGUAUUUAGAGAUUGAAUCUCAAGAAAAAAUA